ACCCACAUACCUAUUUUAAACGAAAAUUUUUAUACUGUGAAAGCUCUCUUUUUAGCAAUUUGAAAGAAGAUUCCAAGAAGAACAAAAAAAUUAGGUUCAUUAGAAACUGAUUUCUCUGUUAGCAAUUUGAUAUCAAAAUGAUUCGUCGAAUUGGAUCAAACUUUAAAAUCAAUGUGCUUCAUCAUCAAAGAUGGUUCAGUUGUUCCAGUAAUUUAUCAAGCAACCAACCCAAAACAGCUAUUCUAAUGCUCAACAUGGGAGGACCCCAAAAAUUAGAUCAAGUUCAUGAUUAUCUUUUUAAUAUAAUGACAGAUCGUGAUAUGAUUCAACUGCCGGUUCAGUCGAAACUUGGACCGUGGAUCGCUAAAAGAAGAACACCUGAAGUCCAAAAAAAAUAUAAAGAAAUAGGAGGUGGAUCACCAAUUCUUAAAUGGACAAAUAUUCAAGGAGAUCUUUUAUGCAAGCAGCUUGAUCAAGUUUCACCAGAGACUGCUCCCCACAAAAGUUAUGUUGGUUUCCGGUAUGUGAAUCCAUUCACUGAAGAUACAAUUCGUCAAAUAGAAAAAGAAAACCCCGAGCGAGUUGUGAUAUUCUCACAAUAUCCACAAUAUAGCUGUGCGACCUCAGGUUCAAGUUUUAAUUCCAUAUACACACACUUUGCUGGAAAGAAACCUAAUAAUGAUAUUAAGUGGAGUAUGAUAGACCGAUGGCCAACACAUCCAUUGCUUAUAAAGACCUUUGCUGAGCGCAUUAAAGAUGAACUGAAAGAAUUUCCUCAGGAAAAGCGGAAAGAUGUAAUUUUACUUUUCUCGGCACAUUCACUUCCAUUAAAAGCUGUUAGUCGAGGUGAUGCUUAUCCAAGUGAAGUUGGAGCGAGCGUUAAUGCUGUCAUGCAUGAACUCGAUUAUUGCAAUCCAUACUCAUUAGUAUGGCAAUCUAAAGUUGGGCCACUUCCAUGGUUGGAGCCAUUUACAGACGAUGCGAUUAAAGCUUAUGUAAAGAAAGGCAAAAAAAAUUUCAUUUUGAUUCCAAUUGCAUUUGUCAAUGAACACAUUGAAACACUUCAUGAACUUGACAUUGAAUACUGUCAAGAAUUGGCAGAAGAAGUAAAAGCUGAAAAAAUUAGAAGAGCUAAAGCUCCAAAUGAUCAUCCACUUUUCAUCGAUGCGUUAACUGAUAUCGUGAAAAAUCAUUUAAAAAGCAACAGAAACAUAAAUCCAAAAUUUCUGACUCGAUGUCCUCAUUGCACCAAUGAAAAGUGUUAUAGAAGUAAAAAAUUCUUUGCAGAUUUGUGUGCAUAAUGUGUGAUGGUCGAUAGAAAUUUACAAUAAAACUUAAAGUAGCUAAGUUGUUUAUUAAAUUACCUAAA